ACUCUGGGUUUCAAUUCAUAUCUCGACUCCGUAUCGAAUGCACAACAUUUCAGCAAGAGAAUCAUAAAAUACAAACGACAUUCGACAUUUUUUCACUGUGUUACAGAAAUUACUUCGAAAUUUUCAGUUAAAUUUUUGCUGCUAAAGUGUUAGGUGCUAUAUCUAAUCGGAAGUGUCAAUGUAGUAUUAGAUCAGAAAUUCCAAAAAAAGGGAUUGAAAAUGACGUUGAUAAGCUGGAUUAUUAUAUUAAUAUUGUUUAAAUUCGUUGCUGCCGAUAAUGGCGAUGGAGACACGUGGGAGGAUGCACACAUGUUUUGCCCAAAUCAAUGCGUAUGUCAGCGUUCCGCGUUUAUGGAUUCAUCGGUGUCGCAUUGGAUACAAGAAUUGCGAAGAGAAAAUGGCGAAAGUACAAAAAAACAGAAUGAAAACACAUACCAAGGCAUUUUCAAUGAAGCAUUCUUUGAAGACGAUGAAAGUCAUUUGAAAAAUCCGUACGUCAGAUUUGUGAUGUGUAUGCUCCAGGGUGAUGUGAUUGCAAAAGAUUUGGUCGUUUCAUUGCCGCAAGACACUCAAGCACUGGUUUUACUUCAUAAUGGCAAUGCCAAUCAUAGUAUAACAGUGUCAUCAACCGAUUUGUUGCAGUUCGAUAAUUUGGAAAUAUUGGAGAUUCGAAGCACUGGCUCAAAUCGAAAUUUGGAGUUUUUCAUAGAUAAUUCAAUGCCAACAUUGAAACAUGUAAAUUUUGAAUCGAUAAAAAUAAUCGCCGAUGAAAAGAUAAAAAAGAGUAUCAAGUAUCAACAUCCGUCAGAAACAUAUGACUAUGCACCCGAAGGGCAACGAUUCAAUAACAAUGAUCGAGAUACAAUGUAUGAAGAAAUAGAAAAUGGCGAAGAUGCUGAAGAUGAAAUUGAAAUCGUUCCCUACGACGUGUACAAAAUGGAAUUGACCAAAUCAAUGCGACCAAAUUUUUUCGGUUGGUUCAAUUUGGAAGUGUUGCGCAUUCAUAAUUGUCAUUUGGAUGAAGUUGAAUGGGAAAUGUUUGCCGGUUUGGAGAAUUUGCAACAUUUAUCAUUGGAGCACAAUGAUAUCAAGGUGGUGCCAUCGUUUGCAUUUUACGGUGCUUUACACUUAAGAACAUUAUCAUUAGCCAAUAAUGAUAUUUUAGAUUUAAAUUAUUUAGCCUUGGCCGGUCUGCUUGAUCUUGAACAUUUGGAUCUAUCAUCAAACAAUCUGUCAAAAUUAUCCGAAGCAACAUUCCCGCCGUUUCCGAGCUUGAGAUUAAUUGAUCUACAGAACAAUCCAAUCGAAUACAUUCUGCCGAUGACAUUUGCCGUACUCAAUACCACAAAAGAAUUAAUUCUCGGAUCAAAAGCAACUGCAUUAGAUUUGGCCAAUACACAUGGCGCCUUUUUAUCACUUGAUCAAUUAAAAACGCUGAACAUAUUGAAUGUUCAUUCGCCGAGUUUGUAUCAAACUCUAUUCAAUGGACUAAAAGACGUGGAACGGUUGAGAUUAAAAGGUUUAAUUGAACGCAUUGAAUACGAUACAUUUUCGGAGAUGCCGCAUUUGAAGGAGCUUAUCUUGAGCGGUUGUGGCAUUGUUGAAAUUUCAAUGGAUGCAUUCUUUGGCAUUAAAGAUUUGCGCAUCAUUGAUUUAUCCGACAAUGGAUUGUCUCUGAUUCCGGCUGGCGUUUUCGAUGAGCAAAAGAAAUUACAAGAGGUUUAUCUGCAGAAUAAUCAUUUAGAAAAUUUACCAAACAAUUUCUUUGACGAUAAAUCAUUGAAAUUGGUGCGAAUAACAAAUAAUCCGUUAGUUUGCACAUGUGAUAUGAUGAAAUGGAAUCAAGCGAUUACCAAUAGCAUACGGUUGAGCAAACAAACGACAAACCGCGACGAGAAUUGUAUACGUAAUCCGAAAACAGGCCGAAUCGAAUACUGUAAUGAUCAAUACGAUGAUUUUCCACAGUAUUCUUAUGGAUUUGACAAUAAAAUGACACCACUGUGCACCGAUAGUGCAACGAGUCCAAAUGCUCAAAAUGUUUAUUAUAUUUUGCGCCAUACCAAGAAAUGCGCUCCAGCCACGAUUGAAUUGAAUAAGAAAAAAUUGCAAAAACAACGUGAACAAAAGAAACUGAUUAUUACUUUGGAAAAAUUAUCACGAACACAAGGACAUACAGAUAAUGGGCAAACUUCAUGGUCAUCACAACAGUGGACCAAUAAGAAAAUCCGAAAAAUGCAAUUUGAAGAUAAAGUUAAACGAACUAUGUCCAAAAAUACGCAAACAAUUCACGAAGAAGUUCAUUCAAAUAAUGUCGCGUAUGUUUGACAGUAUAUUAGGCCAUAGUGGUCGACAUAACAUUUAAGUCAUUUUCAUAUUCAAUUG